AUGGUGCGGGAACUUCGGGCUGGGGAUGAGAUUAUGCGAAAAGUUUUACUAUUCGGAGCAACAACGUUGAGCCAACAAACUAGCCAAUCCACAGCUUCAUCUCCAGCAGUGACCCAACAAACCACUAGUUCAACCAGCCAACCCACAGCUUUAUCUUCAGCACUGACCCAACAAACCACUAGUUCAACUAGCCAACCCACAGCUUCAUCUUCAGCACUGACCCAACAAACCACUAGUUCAACAAGCCAACCCACAGCUUCAUCUUCAGCACUGACCCAACAAACCACUAGUUCAACUAGCCAAUCCACAGCUUCAUCUCCAGUGACGCAACAGACCACUAGUUCAACCAGCCAAUCCACGGCUUUAUCUCCAGCACUGACCCAACAAAUUACUAGUUCAACUAGCCAAUCCUCAGCUUCAUCUCCAGCACUGACCCAACAAAGCACUAGUUCAACCAGCCAACCCACAGCUUUAUCUCCAGCACUGACCCAACAAAUUACUAGUUCAACUAGCCAAUCCUCAGCUUCAUCUCCAGUGACGCAACAGACCACUAGUUCAACUAGCCAACCCACGGCUUCAUCUCCAGCACUGACCCAACAAACCACUAGUUCAACUAGCCAACCCACAGCUUCAUCUUCAGCACUGACCCAACAAACCACUAGUUCAACUAGCCAAUCCACGGCUUCAUCUCCAGCACCGACCCAACAAAGCACUAGUUCAACUAGCCAAUCCACGGCUUCAUCUCCAGCACUGACCCAACAAACCACUAGUUCAACUAGCCAAUCCACGGCUUCAUCUCCAGCACUGACCCAACAAAGCACUAGUUCAACUAGCCAACCCACAGCUUUAUCUCCAGCACUGACCCAACAAAUUACUAGUUCAACUAGCCAAUCCUCAGCUUCAUCUCCAGCAGUGACCCAACAAACCACUAGUUCAACCAGCCAACCCACAGCUUUAUCUUCAGCACUGACCCAACAAACCACUAGUUCAACUAGCCAACCCACAGCUUCAUCUUCAGCACUGACCCAACAAACCACUAGUUCAACAAGCCAACCCACAGCUUCAUCUUCAGCACUGACCCAACAAACCACUAGUUCAACUAGCCAAUCCACAGCUUCAUCUCCAGUGACGCAACAGACCACUAGUUCAACCAGCCAAUCCACGGCUUUAUCUCCAGCACUGACCCAACAAAUUACUAGUUCAACUAGCCAAUCCUCAGCUUCAUCUCCAGCACUGACCCAACAAAGCACUAGUUCAACCAGCCAACCCACAGCUUUAUCUCCAGCACUGACCCAACAAAUUACUAGUUCAACUAGCCAAUCCUCAGCUUCAUCUCCAGUGACGCAACAGACCACUAGUUCAACUAGCCAACCCACGGCUUCAUCUCUAGCACUGACCCAACAAACCACUAGUUCAACUAGCCAACCCACAGCUUCAUCUUCAGCACUGACCCAACAAACCACUAGUUCAACUAGCCAAUCCACGGCUUCAUCUCCAGCACUGACCCAACAAAGCACUAGUUCAACUAGCCAAUCCACGGCUUCAUCUCCAGCACUGACCCAACAAACCACUAGUUCAACUAGCCAAUCCACGGCUUCAUCUCCAGCACUGACCCAACAAAGCACUAGUUCAACUAGCCAACCCACAGCUUUAUCUCCAGCACUGACCCAACAAAUUACUAGUUCAAGUAGCCAAUCCUCAGCUUCAUCUCCAGUACUGACCCAACAAACCACUAGUUCAACUAGCCAAUCCACGGCUUCAUCUCCAGCACUGACCCAACAAACCACUAGUUCAACUAGCCAACCCACAGCUUCAUCUUCAGCACUGACCCAACAAACCACUAGUUCAACUAGCCAACCCACAGCUUCAUCUCCAGCACUGACCCAACAAACCACUAGUUCAACUAGUCAAUCCACGGCUACAUCUCCAAUGACCCAACAAACCACUAGUUCAACUAGCCGGUCCACAGCUUCAUCUCCAAUGACCCAACAAACCACUAGUUCAACUAGCAAAUCCACAGCUUCAUCUCCAGCACUGAUCCAACAAACCACUAGUUCAACUAGCCAAUCCACAGCUUCAUCUCCAGCACUGAUCCAACAAACCACUAGUUCAACUAGCCAGUCCACAGCUUCAUCUCCAGCACUGACUCAACAAACCACUAGACCAACUAGCCAACCCAAUGCUCCAUCUUCAAUGACCCAACAAUCCACCAUUUCAACUAGCCAACCCAAUGCUCCAUCUUCAAUGACCCAGCAAUCCACCAUUUCAACUAGCCAAUCCACAACUUUAGCAACUGACUCAUCAAUCCAAGAAACCACUACACCAUUGAUUUUUACUGCGUGUGGAGAAGAAGUCAAUUCCUAUGAGGCGGCAUUGCGAUGCAGUUCCAGCAAUUUCUUUGAUAACAUGGAAAGUCCCAGUGAAACCGAUGCUCUAACAGACAGUCAGGAAAGGGAACUAACGCAAAUUAUAAAAAGCGUUUCGUCCUUGUCUUCUGAGCAGCUGACGACGAACGAGACGACUGCAGUGGCCCAGCUUGUCCUCGCAGCAUUUUCGGAGCUGACCAAUCCAAAGCAAGACUUGUCAACCGAAGAAGAACUAUCAGUUGUGGCUGAGACAGAAGUUGCUCUUGAAAAGUUGGCCGAAACACUUCCCGACGGGAGUUGUACGUCGAUUGAAUAUUCGGCAAACAAUGCCGCACUUUGCCGCUCUUCAUCGUUGCAAAACCUGACUGGUGGGUACAAGUUCAAUACUGACGGGGCUCAGCUUGGGAGUUUGAACUUUGACCUCUCGCAGGCAGAUCCUGAUGCUGAAACUUUCAAUCGUCAAGUCACGACGACUCGAUCAAACACAGCUCAGUUGGAGUGA